AUGGCGCUUGCAGGGGGAAGUGCAAUGAUAAUACAAGAGUUUUCCACGGCUAAGUGCACAUUUAAAGUAUACAAGCAAGUGUUUGAAAAUAAAAUGAAAAUACACAACAUAGACGAGGCAAAAUGGCCCCAGUAUUUAAUUUCAUGUAUAGGCUUCGAUAUUGUAACAUUGCUGACAGAAUUAUGUUUUCCGUCUAGUCUGGACAGCAAAAACUAUAAACAAUUAGUUGAGCUCAUUGAAAGACAUAUCGAACCAACUCAGUCAGAAAUUACAGAAACAUACAAAUUUAUGAAAAGAGUACAAUUGCCUAAUGAAUCCAUUGCAGAGUUCGUGGCGGCCCUUAAAAAGCUUGCCCAAACGUGUAAUUUCGGGGCACAUCUGGAAAGAUCAUUGAGAGAUAAAUUUGUUCAUGGCUUACGAUAUGAGAAUAUUGUAAAAAGACUCUUUAAUGAAGAUAAAUUAACUUUCACGACAGCGGUGAACAUAGCUAUAGGGAUGGAGCUGGCUGAGAAAGGGGCGAGGCUGAUUACGCACGGCCAAGAAGAAGCAGAGGUGCAGAAGGUGUCUCAUCAAAAAGAAAGUAAAGAGACGGUGAAGGUGAAAUGUCAUUGUUGUGGUAAGCUGGGACAUAUAAAACCGAAGUGUAAGUUCAGAGAAGAAGAAUGUUACAAAUGUCAUAAGAAGGGGCAUAUUGCGAGUGUCUGCCGAGCCCAGGUUAAUCUACAUAAGAGGUUUCCGUCAAGAAAAGUAAAGGAGGUAAAUAAAGAUGAAUUUUCAGUGUUACAGGUUAAAAGCAGUGUGUAUUCAGAAAAGGAAAAUUGUGAUUACGGGUUAGAGUUACUAUUUUAUCAAAAUGAAGAUAGUGUAAAGGUUAAUAAAGUAACAUUAAUUGACGAAAAGUGUCCAGAUCCCUGGAAUAUUUCACUAAAUGUUAAUAAUGUUGAUAUUUUAUUUCAAAUUGAUUACGGGUCAGAUGUAACAUUAAUACCUGAGUUUUUAUAUAAAUCACUACUGCCAAAUGUAAAAGUAUCAAAUUGUUUUUCAAAAAUAACUGGUUAUGGAGGUCAAUAUAUAACAGUGAUCGGUAAAACUCAAGUAUUAGUUAAAAAUAAAAAUAAAGAUUAUUUGGCUCCAUUAAUUAUUGUGAAAGAAGGUAAGAAACCUUUGUUAGGUAGAGAUUGGCUCAGUGUAAUAAAAAUUGAUUGGAAUAGUUGUAAGAAGCAGUGUAAUAAUAUUGAAAGGGAGAAAUCUGAAAUUAAAAAGUUAGUGGAUAAGUAUAGGGACAUAUUUUCAGGGGUCCCUGGGGAAAUUAAAGGUGCAGUAGGUACUUUAAAAUUAAAAGAAAAUGUAACUCCUAUAUCUUGUAAGCCUAGGCGUGUUCCUUAUGCGUUAGAAAAUCUGGUAAAAGGGGAACUAGAUAAAUUAUGUAAAGAGGGUAAAAUGUGUAAGGUUGAUAAAUCUGAGGUGGUGACAUGGGCGACGCCUAUUGUUAGUAUCAUAAAAGGGCCUAAGAAUAUAAGAAUUUGUGGUGACUAUAAGGUGACUAUUAACCCUUAUCUUGAGAUGCCACAUCAUCCAAUCCCGAUCAAUAAAGAAAAAACAGUGCUAAUGUCUUCACAAUUAGAAUAUUGUGGACAUGUUAUUGACAAAGAGGGAGUUCACAAAACACCUGAGCAUGUUAGGGCUAUCUUGGAGGCACCACAACCUAACAAUGUAAAGGAAUUGCGAAGUUUUCUUGGUACUAUUAAUUUUUAUCAUAAGUUUUUAAAGAAUGCAGCAGAUAAUUUAAAACCAUUGUACCAGUUACUUAAAAAUUCUGGAAAAUGGGAGUGGGGAAAAGAACAAGUAGAAGCAUAUGAAUGGGCCAAGAAAGCUAUUGCAUCAGACCAAGUAUUAGUUCAUUAUAACCCUGAGUUGCCGGUGAUAUUGAGUUGUGACGCUUCAAGGACAUCUCAAAAUAAUGCUGCAGCUGAUUUCCCUUCUAGGUUACCGAUUAAAAAUAGUAGUGAAGAUGAUAAAAGUUAUUUGGAGGGCAACAUCAACAGCAUUGUUUUGGAUAACCCGCCAGUAACAUUAACUGAUGUAGCUAAGCAUACUCAAAGAGAUCCUGUGUUAAGUAAAGUUUUUACAUAUUUAAGGGAAGGUUGGCCAAAAAUUAUUGAUAAGGAAUUGCUUAAUUAUAAAGGAAAAGAGAGAGAGCUAUAUUUGAUUAAAGAUUGUAUUAUUUGGAGAGACAGAAUUGUAAUACCUAAUAGUUUGAAAUCUAAAGUUCUGAUAGAAUUACAUGCUGGUCAUUUGGGCAUUAAUAAAAUGCAAGCUUUAGCAAAUAGUUGUUUUUGGUGGCCCAACAUUAGUAAUGACAUUAAGAAUAUUACAAGUAAUUGUGAAGGAUGCAUCCAAAACAGGAAUUUACCACCCUUAAAACAUUUACAUAACUGGGAAUGGCCUAAUGAGCCAUGGAAACGUCUUCAUGCAGAUUUUGCUGGUCCAUUUAGGGGACAUAUGUGGUUAAUUGUUAUGGAUGCACACUCGAAAUGGCCUGAAGUAGCCAAAAUGAAAUUGACUACCUCGAGUGCCACUAUAAAAUGUCUACGCAGUAUGUUCGCUAGAUUUGGCCUUCCUGAGCAGUUUGUUACCGAUAAUGGUCCACAGUGGACAUCGGCUGAGUUCAUUACAUUUUGUAAGAAUAAUAAUAUCAGACAUAUUUGUACUGCUCCUUAUCAUCCAGCGAGCAAUGGCUUAGCGGAGAGGGGAGUGCAAACAUUUAAAAAGGCCAUGCUGGCACAGACAUUUAAUAACAAGGACUUGGAUCAUAGUGUUCAGCAGUGGUUGUUGGCUUAUCGUUCGGCUCCACAUGCUACCACAGGUAGAGCACCUUGUGAGUUGAUGUUGGGCAGGCAAUUGCGUACGCGUUUAUCUUUAAUUAAGAAAGAUGUAAUUAUUCCUCGCCGGUCUGUUUGUAAUAAGCCAGUUAAACAAUAUUUACCUGGUGAUAAAGUACUUGUAGCAUCUUAUGAUAAGUCAAGGAAAUGGUUAGAAGGUAUUAUUGACCGACCGGUUGGAAAUGUAAUGUAUGAUGUAAAUACUGAUAGAGGUAUACUUACCAGAAAUGUCACUCAAUGUUUGCCUAGAAAUUCACGUGCCGAUCAAGACGAGUCUAAUAACACUCAAGAUAUGAUAGAGAAUGACAUUCCUGGUAAUGAGGUUAGUAUAAGUGCAACAUCUGAGGGCGAAUUGGAGACUUCUAAUAAUUCGACUAAUAGUUCAAAUGCUUUUAAUAAUAAUAAGAAAGAUUCAGUUAGUAUUCCUAAAUCUCCAAUUAGUAUUCAGACUGAAGUUAAAAGGAGUGGGCGUAUGCGUAGGCCAGUGCAGCGUCUUAAUUUGUAA